UUCUGCCCAAGUAUCGAUUGCUGAGAAUGAAAAGGACACCACGUCACGCCAGUUACUCCUCAAAGCGGAACGUGUGCUCUCUUAUCUUUCUGUAGCGUAAACAUGGCGCUUAACCUUACCGUCAAGGUGCACCCGGUGGUUUUAUUCCAAAUCGUGGAUGCCUAUGAGCGACGAAAAGCGGAAUCGUUACGCGUUAUCGGCACUCUGUUGGGUACCGCGGAAAAGGGGAUCGUCGAAGUAACCAACUGUUUCUGCGUACCUCAUAAGGAAUCCGAGAGCCAGGUAGAAGCUGAUCUCACCUAUGGAAUGGAUUUAUAUGACUUGAACCAUCGAGUUAACGCACAAGAAAAUAUCGUUGGUUGGUGGGCUACUGGCAAUGAGGUUACUACACAUUCAUCUGUUAUUCAUGAAUAUUAUGUUCGAGAAUGUAAUAAUCCAGUGCAUUUGACUGUUGAUACUACAUUGACAAAUACAACGAGAAUGGCAAUCAAGGCUUAUGUUUGUGUUCCAUUGGGCGUACCUAAUGGCAAGCAGGGCUCCAUGUUCACUCCUGUCAAAGUUCAGAUUACAUGUUAUGAGCCAGAAGUAGUAGGAUUGCAAUUAUGUUCUAAAACUCAAUUACCAUCUCAUAUACAAGCAUCUGGAAUAAAAUCUACUGGAGGGAUAGAACCUAUGAUGGAUCUCGCGCAAGUUGCAGAGGCUUGCUCCAAGCUCUCUUUAAUGUUGGAACAAGUUUUGGCAUAUGUUGAUGAUGUUUUAGCAGGAAAACAGUUGCCAGAUAAUCAAGUAGGCAGAGCCCUUUUGGAUAUGGUACAUUCCGUGCCAAAAAUGACUAGUGAUCAGUUUGACGAAAUGUUUAACAGCAAUGUUAAGGAUCUUCUGAUGGUUGUUGCAUUGUCUCAGUUGAUAAAAACGCAAUUGCAGCUUAAUGAAAAACUUACUCUUCUUACAACUCUCUGAUUAAAAACAUUUGAUUCUUCACAUUGUAAUAUAUAAUGCAGAAGAAAAUUGACAACAAUUAUGUCUAAUAUAUUUUGAUCCUUCUAAAUACUAUCGACCAAUUGGAAGCAACGGAACAGUAUUUUGCAAAA